CGCAUUCCAGAGGGUCACUUGACCUGACGUUGUGCGCUUUCCUGUGCCUUUUUUCUAACUGACUGAUAGUCACUGAUCGGUUUCCUCUGUUUCUUGCUUAAAAUAAGUCUGUUAAGAGCAAUGGCGCAAGAUAUGCUUCUGUUCUGGGGCUCCGGCUCCCCUCCGUGUUGGAAAAUCAUGAUCGCCUUGGAGGAAAAAAACCUUCAGGGCUAUCAUAACAAACUAUUGUCUUUUGAGAAAAAGGAUCACAAAUCCAAGGAAGUUAUGGAUAUAAAUCCCCGGGGGCAGCUGCCUACUUUCAAGCAUGGAAACAACGUGAUAAACGAGUCCUAUGGAGCCUGCUUGUACCUGGAGAGCCAGUUCAAGUCCCAGGGCACGCAGCUUAUUCCCGACAUCCCGUUGGAACAGGCUCUGGUGUACCAGCGCAUGUUUGAAGGGCAGACCCUACAGCAGAAACAGUCCGAUGUCAUCUACUACACCUGGCGUGUCCCCGAGGCGGAGCGACAUGACUCCACAGUCAAGCGGAACAAGGAAGCACUAACGGCUGAGCUUCAGCUAUGGGAGGGGUACCUCAGCAAGCCGGAGGCAGGUCCGUACCUUGCCGGAAAGGCCUUCACCAUGGCUGACGUCCUCUGUUUCCCUGUCAUCGCCUAUGGGUUCCGCUUUGGGCUGUCCCAGGAGAAGUACCCCAAACUUGGGCAGUACUACACCCUGGUGAAGGAACGUCCCAGUGUAACGGCCAGCUGGCCUCCUCACUGGCUGGAGAAUCCCCAGGGCAUGGAUACCCUCAAAGAUGUCUGACCAUAACCCUAACACUGAAUGAUUGAAAGUGGACAACCACAACUGUCUGCUGUCUCAUCUGUCUAUUCCCUUUGCUUUUUAUAUUUAGAUGUGCAGCCAAACUUAAACCACAACGGAACCUGCAGUGUAUUAUGAAUAGAGCUUAGACAUUCCCCAGUGUUUUGUGAAAAAACAUUAACAUGUUUACAGCAGUUUUGUAGCACUUCUGAUUUCUUCCUUUAACUGCUAAUUUCUGGAUACUGUGAAAUGCACCUCUUUUUCAGAACAAAUAUGUAACAAAAUGAAGCACUUCUGAUAUCCAAGUUAAAUCCUUCCAAAUAAAACCAAAUGUAGAAAUUGCAAA